GUGCUUCCAAGGAAAUGAAUAAACAACCAGCCAACAGCCUGGAGGCGGCAGUGGCGCCGGGUCACCACGAUGGCCCGUGCGCGCCCAGGACGAGCCCGGAGCAGGAGCUUCCCGCGGCUACUGCCGCGCCGCCGCCGCGUGUGCCCAGGUCCGCUUCCACCGGCGCCCAAACUUUCCAUUCCCCCGACGCGGGAGCCUGCGAGGCCGAGCUGUCGGGAGUGGGGGAUUGCAAAUUCAGUAGCCCGCGGGCGCAGGCGGCCUCGGCGGCUCUGCGGGACUUGAGCGAGGCGCAUGGUGCGCAGGCCGCCCCUCCUUCAGGGGGCGCCGGGCCCGGCAACGCGCUGCAUUGUAAGAUUCCGGCCCUGCGUGGCCCAGAGGGGGAUGCGAACGUGAGUGUGGGCAAGGGCACCCUGGAGCGGAACAAUACCCCGGCCGUAGGCUGGGUGAAUAUGAGCCAGAGCACCGUGGUGCUGGGGACGGAUGGAAUCACGUCUGUGCUCCCGGGCAGCGUGGCCGCCGCUGCCGCCCAGGAGGACGAGCAAGGGGAUGAGAAUAAGGCCCGAGGGAACUGGUCCAGCAAACUGGACUUCAUCCUGUCCAUGGUGGGGUAUGCAGUGGGGCUGGGCAAUGUCUGGAGGUUUCCCUACCUGGCCUUCCAGAACGGGGGAGGUGCUUUCCUCAUCCCCUACCUGAUGAUGCUGGCUCUGGCGGGGCUGCCCAUCUUCUUCCUCGAGGUGUCCCUGGGCCAGUUUGCCAGCCAGGGGCCGGUGUCCGUGUGGAAGGCCAUCCCAGCCCUACAAGGCUGUGGCAUCGCAAUGCUGAUCAUCUCCGUCCUAAUAGCCAUAUACUACAAUGUGAUUAUUUGCUACACACUUUUCUACCUGUUUGCCUCCUUUGUGUCUGUGCUGCCCUGGGGUUCCUGCAACAACCCUUGGAACACGCCAGAAUGCAAAGAUAAAACCAAACUUUUAUUAGAUUCCUGUGUGAUCAAUGACCAUCCCAAAAUACAGAUCAAGAACUCAACUUUCUGCAUGACUGCCUAUCCCAACCUGACGAUGGUUAACGUCACCAGCCAGGCCAAUAAGACAUUUGUCAGUGGGAGUGAAGAGUAUUUCAAGUACUUCGUGCUGAAGAUUUCUGCAGGGAUUGAAUAUCCUGGAGAGAUCAGGUGGCCACUAGCCUUCUGCCUCUUCCUGGCUUGGGUGAUUGUGUACGCAUCCCUGGCGAAAGGAAUCAAGACUUCAGGAAAAGUGGUGUACUUCACGGCCACGUUCCCGUACGUAGUGCUCGUGAUCCUCCUCGUCCGGGGAGUCACCCUGCCCGGAGCCGGCGCUGGGAUCUGGUACUUCAUCACACCUGAGUGGGAGAAGCUCACGGAUGCCACGGUAUGGAAAGAUGCUGCCACUCAGAUUUUCUUCUCUUUAUCUGCUGCCUGGGGAGGCCUGAUCACUCUCUCUUCUUACAACAAAUUCCACAACAACUGCUACAGGGACACUCUAAUCGUAACCUGCACCAACAGUGCCACGAGCAUCUUUGCCGGCUUCGUCAUCUUCUCAGUGAUCGGCUUCAUGGCCAAUGAACGCAAGGUUAACAUCGAGAACGUGGCGGACCAAGGGCCAGGCAUUGCAUUUGUGGUUUACCCGGAAGCCUUAACCAGGCUGCCCCUCUCUCCAUUCUGGGCCAUCAUCUUUUUCCUGAUGCUCCUUACUCUUGGACUUGACACUAUGUUUGCCACCAUCGAGACCAUAGUGACCUCCAUCUCGGACGAGUUCCCCAAGUACCUGCGCACACACAAGCCUGUCUUUACUCUGGGCUGCUGCGUCUGUUUCUUCAUCAUGGGCUUCCCGAUGAUCACUCAGGGUGGAAUUUACAUGUUUCAGCUCGUGGACACGUACGCAGCCUCCUACGCCCUGGUCAUCAUUGCCAUUUUUGAGCUCGUGGGGAUCUCCUACGUGUACGGCUUGCAAAGAUUCUGUGAAGACAUAGAGAUGAUGAUUGGAUUCCAGCCAAACAUUUUCUGGAAAGUCUGCUGGGCGUUUGUAACUCCAACCAUUCUAACUUUUAUCCUUUGCUUCAGCUUUUACCAGUGGGAGCCCAUGACCUACGGCUCUUACCGCUAUCCCAACUGGUCCAUGGUGCUGGGGUGGCUGAUGCUCGCCUGUUCCGUUAUCUGGAUCCCAAUUAUGUUUGUGAUCAAAAUGCAUCUGGCUCCUGGCAGAUUUAUUGAGAGGCUGAAGUUGGUGUGCUCGCCGCAGCCGGACUGGGGCCCCUUCUUAGCUCAGCACCGCGGGGAGCGCUACAAGAACAUGAUCGACCCCCUGGGGACCUCUUCCCUGGGACUCAAACUGCCAGUGAAGGAUUUGGAACUGGGCACCCAGUGCUAGUCCGAGGGCAUGGUCCUGUUUCUCCUCUCUGCCUUCCCCUAUGUUUUCCCCAGCUUUCUUCCCCUUUUUCUUCUUCUUUCUGCCCACAUCUUGGCUCUUACCCAUGCAUGAGUGGUUUCGCAGAAAAGUAGGACAUAAGUCGCACGCUGUAGUGAAGGGCUAGAUGGAGCAGUUGAAGUGCGGUUUGCCUGCGUCCAUGCUGUCAGUUCCUGGUGGGGUUCACCCCGCAGGCGUGGGCUGACUAGGUGUGUGUGUUCCAGUGAAGUCACAAGUAGGUCUGCGUGUGUGAGUUGGCCAGUGGAGAAGCAGCCACGCUGGUUGUCACUGGCAGUGCCUGUCAGGCUUACACACAAUGGCAGGAGAAGAGGAGUGGUCGUUUGGACUCAUCUAAGCAAUGUGGUGGUUUCAUUCAGACACAAAGUUCAGGACAGGAGGGUCAGCAGUGGUCAGAAAAUGUUUAGAGUAAGACGAGGAGGCUGGUGGAUUUAGACCCCCCCCGGGGUGGUGAAGUUCACAAUUCCACUCAUGGUUGGAGCUCUGUUUCCUCCAUUUGGACCGGCGGUCUCGUUGUUUGCUCUGCGAACUGCAAAUCUCAGUCAAUCAAGAAUCAGUUCUCUUCCCUCAGUUGUCUUUUUUUUUUUUUUUUUUUUGGACAACCUGUUUGUGAAUUCUUUUGGCCAUUUCCUCCAGCUCUGCACAAGAAGCCAUCAUAUUACUUGUGCCUGAUGUCGUACGUUCAUCGCGGAGCGCCAUCCUCGUUUCUCCGUGACAUCUAGCGCCGUGGUUCAAUGAUGUCAUUACCCCCUGUUUCUUCUAAGUGUCUUUCUGUGAGCUGUGGAUACCUUGUCUUUCAACCUCUGGGGAAACAACACUUCCCCUGGUUCUGUCUAUAUAUUAUAUACAUACAAGACACAAACUCUUAAAAGACAGAUAACUUCUCAGUUUUUACUCGCAACUUUUUCAUUCGCGGUAAAUGCCAAUUGUGGCCAUAGAAUCAAAGAAAUGAAGAGUUUCAGAGAAAGCAACCAUAAUAUUCCCACUGAUACUGUGCUGGUAGUACAUUUUAGGUCACUGUAUGUACAGAUGUUUCUGAUAAACACAGGUUAGGU